CGCCAUGAAAGAGUCAGUUUCUAAAGAGACUUUACCAACUGUUGACGACUUUGGCAACAAACAAUCUAAACUGUGCAAGCAGAAAAGGAAGAGAACCAAUCAAGUUGAUACUAGAAAGCUUAUGUUUGUACCAGUAGACUCUUCUUCUCAACCUCUGUCGCAAGAAGAAAGUUUGGUUGCUACUAGUAUCACUAGAAUAGAUGAUAAGUCUUGUUCCAAUUCUACUUUAGAGUCAGAAGUUCAGAAUUCUUCGACAGAUACCCACUCAACUCAAGUACAACCCAAUCUGGAAAAUCGUAUAGCCAAGUCGCAACUGAAAACCAAACAGCACUGUGAGUCAGCGCUGUUGGAAGAAAACAAUAGUUCCGCAGCAGAAAAUAUACAAAUGCAGUCUUUUGUAGAAGAUAUAAAGGAUUCUCAAACUUUUCAAGAAAGCCAUGAUAGGUCAACUUCCACGACUGAGUCCAGUUUGCAAGGAACAGGGACGACUGAAGUAUCAUUGGAAUUGGCAAUAGCUCAGUUAGAGAAUAGUGUUUGCAGAAUGGAAGGUAUAGCAAAUAUGAGCUUUCUUCACUUAACAUGUACUACUUUGGAGAUGUUGCUUACUUAUCUAUGGAAAAUGGCUUGUCCUUGUUUUUGCUUCCAUUUGCAAGGAAACCAUUUAUCGACCCUUCCAGACUCUAUCAAGUUAUUCUCAGAAAGUAUCACACACCUAUAUUUACAAGAUAAUAGAUUGCAAGUAUUUCCUUCAACGCUUUGCUGUUUGAAGAAACUGAGAGUGCUGGAUUUAUCUCGAAAUUGCCUGCGAUAUUUACCUGAAGAAAUAUCCAACUUGCAAAACCUUGUCAUUCUUGAUAUAUCAGACAACAAUUUGAUACAGCUACCUUCGAGCAUUUGGCAAAUGCCACUACUUGAAACGAUUCAUUAUGCUGGUAAUCCCGAGUUGCAGCGUUGAUCAUUUCUAUAACUGUUCUAACAAUA